AAAAACAAACCCAAAGUCGUUCUGAAGUAUUGAAUGUCACAUUGAAUUAUUUAUUCGAAGACAGAAACAUAUUUUAGACGAAUUUCCGUAUUAAAUAGUCACAUUUUGUCAGUCGCAGAUCUUAAUUGUUGUCGUCUCCUAGUACCGAAGAAUUCUCAAACGUGAACAUCGCAAUGGCAGUGUAUACAUCUCAUCUCGACCACAUGUGCGCUUUGGAUAUCGAUUCCAAAACCUCAUUUGUACGUCUGUCUGGUAUCAUUUGCACGAUUGGACCUGCUUCUCAAGCUGUUGAGAAAUUAGAAGAUAUGAUCGAUGCCGGAAUGAACAUAGCUCGUUUGAAUUUCUCUCACGGUUCGUACGAAUAUCACGCUGGAACGAUCGCCAAUGUCCGACAAGCUGCUGUCAAUUAUGGUAAAAAAAUCGGUAUACCUUGCUCUUUGGGUAUUGCUUUGGAUACGAAAGGACCUGAAAUUCGUACCGGACUUCUAGAAGGUGGAGCAAGCGCUGAAAUCGAAUUGAAAAAAGGAAAUUCCAUCGUACUGACAACCGAUAAAAAUUAUUACGAAAAAGGCAACGUAGAUAAAGUCUACGUAGAUUACGUUAAUAUUGUCAAUGUUAUCAAGAAAGGAAAUCGAGUAUUCGUCGAUGACGGUUUAAUGUCUCUUAUUGUAGAAGAAGUCGGUGCUGAUUAUUUGAAAUGCACCAUUGAAAAUGGUGGUAUGUUGGGAAGCCGUAAAGGUAUCAAUUUACCCGGCGUACCUGUCGAUUUACCUGCCGUAUCGGAAAAAGAUACCAAAGAUUUGAGAUUCGGCGUUGAACAAGGCGUUGAUAUGGUUUUCGCUUCAUUUAUUCGCGAUGCUGCCGGUGUCGAAGCAAUUAGAAAAAUUCUAGGUGAAGAUGGUAAAAAAAUUAAAAUUAUUCCAAAAAUCGAAAACCAUCAAGGUAUCAAGAAUAUCGACUCUAUUAUCGAAGCUUCCGAUGGUAUUAUGGUGGCUCGAGGAGAUAUGGGUAUCGAAAUUCCGCCCGAAAAAGUAUUCCUUGCUCAGAAAUCCAUUAUCGCCAAAUGCAACAGAGCUGGUAAACCGGUAAUUUGCGCUACGCAAAUGUUGGAAUCCAUGGUGAAGAAGCCGAGAGCUACGAGAGCCGAAUCUUCUGACGUUGCGAACGCGAUUUUGGAUGGCGCUGACUGCGUCAUGUUAUCCGGAGAAACGGCUAAAGGAGAAUAUCCAAUUCAGUGUGUGCAAACUAUGGCUAAUAUUUGCAAAGAAGCCGAAGCUGCUAUUUGGCAUAAUCAGUUAUUCAACGAGCUGUGCAGUAAAGUUGAAACACCUACCGACGCUACUCAAUCUGUAGCCAUCGCAGCUGUCGAAGCGGCUCACAAAUGCAACGCUGCCGCCAUCAUUGUGAUCACCACAUCCGGCAGAUCGGCUCAUCUGAUCUCGAAAUACAGACCGAGCUGUCCCAUCAUCGCAGUUACAAGGUACCAGCAAGUAGCUCGGCAAAGCCAUUUGCAUCGGGCUAUCCUUCCAUUAUACUACGAAGCUUCUCAACAAGCCGACUGGUUGAAGGAUGUUGAUUGCCGAGUACAAUACGGUAUUCAAUUCGGUACCUGCCGAGGUUUCAUUAAAGCCAAAGACCCGAUCGUUGUGGUCACCGGAUGGCGCCAAGGAUCAGGAUUUACCAACACAAUGCGCGUAGUGUACGUAGGAGAUAAAGCUGAUAUGUAAACGGGAAUAAUACGAUGGUGUUUUUUCUAUAUUGUUGUCGCUUGCAAAAUGGGCUCGUGGUCAAAGAUAUCUUUUUUGUUUUUUUUCUCUUUUUUUUUGUUUGUUUCUUUUGACAGUAUUUGAAAAGUAUUCGAUAAAUUUAAAACUCUGUAUUGGCGCCCAGCGCCGAAUGAAUUUCGUUGAAAAGUAUUUUUUCCAAUUAGUAUUUUAUCUAUACAUUUUUUUAAUGCUUUAAUACAUCAUUCAAAAUUAUAUCAUUUAUUUUUUAAGUCGUUGAAAAUGACUACGUUAAUUUUAUUAUUUUUAGUUCGGGUAUUACUUUAUCUACGUACCUUUUUUUUUUCCUUCGAAAAUACGAAUAUCAGAUCAAUUUACGAAUAUAAAUACGUAGUACGUUACUGUAAUAAACAUUCAAGCCGAUUUUUUUUCUUAAUUUUAAGUGCUUGUGGGAUCUACUAACAAUUUUUGAGGGAUUUUCGACAAUAACACUAACAACAGCUUAUCUUUUUUUAUUCCCUGAUAUUAUAUUCGCAUUCAAUAAUACAAUACCUUCCUACGCAGUGAGAUACUCGGCGAAAAAAACCCAAAUAUUUUAUUAAAAUCUAGUCAAAAUCUACGUUGCUAUUUUUGUUUUUUACAUAACCAUAUUCGUAAUCCGUCAUAGUGAUAAAAGUUGAUUGUCUUUUGUGAUUUAUUUGACAUUCCUCGUUUUACGGUGAUUUGUGUGCUAACACGGUGUUCGGUUUUGGUUUGAAAAAAGUCUGAUUUAACCAACGUUGUGUUUGUAAAUUAGGCGUUAAGUUGUAUGUGAAUGUGGUAGCGUUGAAAAUUUUCUCUCUUGGAAAAAAAUUUUUCUUUGAACGAAACGAUUAACUGCAGAGUAUAAUGAAAUAAAAUCAGUAUAAUUCCGUUACGAAGUAAAUUCCUGAUUAAGUUAACCCUUCGGGACGAAAAACAUAAACCUUGUGAUUAUUGAGUAAUUCCUUUUUUAUUUACGAACGUAGUUCCUUUUUAAGAUAAGCUUGGCACGACUAUUAUUGGUGUGUAUGUGUGUUGUAAGUUGAUGAAAUAUAAUUUUGACAAGAA